AUGAGCUUCUCUCCUCGCGGUGGUCGCGGUGGUGGCUUCUCCCCGCGUGGUCGCGGUGGCGAUCGUGGCGGCCGUGGUGGCGGUCGCGGAGGAUUCGGCGGCGGUCGCGGUGGCGAUCGUGGCGGCCGUGGUGGCAGCCGUGGUGCCUCCAGGGGCCGCGGUGGCGGUCGCGGUGGCGGACGUGGUGGAGCUGGUGGCAUGAGGGGCGGCAAGAAGGUCGUCAUCGAGAAGCACAGACUCGACGGCGUGUUCAUCGCCCGAGGCAAGGAGGACGCUCUUUGCACGCGCAACUUGGUCCCCGGAGACUCCGUAUACGGAGAGAAGCGUAUUUCUGUCGAUGAGGUCGAUGGAUCGAAGGUGGAGUACAGGGUGUGGAAUCCUUUCCGCUCUAAGCUUGCUGCUGCCAUCAUCGGUGGUGUCGAGAACGUGUGGGUCAAGCCUGGCGCCCGCGUCCUCUACCUCGGUGCCGCCUCCGGUACCUCCGUGUCGCACGUCUCCGACAUGGUCGGACCUCAAGGAAUGGUGUACGCUGUUGAGUUCUCCCACCGCUCGGGCCGAGAUCUCAUCAACGUCGCCAAGAAGAGGACCAACGUCGUCCCCAUCGUCGAGGAUGCCCGUUACCCCCUCAAGUACCGAAUGCUCGUCGGAAUGGUCGAUGUCGUCUUUGCCGAUGUUGCCCAGCCCGAUCAGGCCCGUAUCGUGGCCAUCAACGCCCACCAGUUCCUCAAGAACGGCGGUCACUUCGUCAUCUCCAUCAAGGCCAACUGUAUCGAUUCCACGGCCGCCCCCGAGGCUGUCUUCGCCAAGGAGGUGCAGAAGCUCAGGCAGGAGAACUUCAAGCCCAUGGAGCAGAUCACGCUCGAGCCCUACGAGAGGGACCACGCCGUCGUCGUGGGUGUCUACAGACCCGAGGCGAAGGCCUAA